AUGCUGCUCCAGCCAAAAGUACUGCCGUUUCACGUGGAACGAAACAAAUUGGGCAGCCCGUGUUUUACCUGCACCGACAGCGUCAGCGGUGAGCUUUGGCAGCACGUCAAAGUCAGUGCUGGUCGCGCGCUACUUGGCCUCUUAGUUGGUGGUGGGCUCGGUCUAUUUUUGGGACUGCUUAAUGGUUCAUCAAAAGUUGCAUCCAACUUAUUGGAUACCACCUUGCAAAUGAUCCGAAAUAUUCCAGCAUUGGCGCUGAUUCCAUUGGUUAUUUUAUGGUUUGGAAUUGAUGAGUCUGCAAAACUCUUUUUAGUGGCUGUCGGUGUGUUUUUCCCGAUCUACAUCAAUACCUAUCAUGGGAUUCGUUCAGUUGAUCCUCAAUUGAUAGAAAUGGGAAAAAGCUAUGGAUUAAGCAGAUGGCAAUUGUAUAAAGACAUUAUUUUACCGGGCGCAAUGCCUUCAAUUUUAGUGGGUUUACGCUUUUCACUGGGGUUGGUUUGGGUACUGCUGAUUGUGGCAGAAACAAUUUCUGCACAAUCUGGAAUUGGUUAUAUGACCAUGAAUGCGCGUGAAUUUUUACAAACAGAUAUCGUGCUAGUGGGUAUCUUGCUGUAUGCCCUUUUAGGCAAACUUGCCGAUGUAUUUGCACAAUUUUUAGAAAAAUACCUAUUGCGUUGGCACGCAGGUUAUCAAAAAUAG